AUGAAGAGACUCCAACCGUUUAACGCAAUGGAAAGUUACAUGAUAAACAAGCUCACCGACGCUGUACGAAUUCUUGAACUAUCUAACGAAUUGAAAAUAGAUUUCCCCAAAGUAAAGAGUAAUUAUAACCGAAUCGUAAAGUCCGUACACCCGGACAAAAAUUGUGGUUUAGAUAGAGGUUUGGACUCUGUUUUGGAAGCAUACAAACUUCUCGAUUAUUAUUUUAAUGUAGUUUUAAAUGGUAAAAAUCGCCAAUUAUGUCAUUUGUCCUGUAUUUCCGAUAGUUGUUCCUGCUAUGAUACCCGCCAUGGAAAUUCACAACAAUCAUGCCGGUACCAUAAAUCAGAAAAUUCAGAACCCCUUACUUGUACAUUAUGCAAGCCGAAUCAAUUAUUAGAGGAUUCACCAAAAUCGCGGCAGAGUCCCACAAGCAGAUUUAGAUGUAUCAAUAGUAAGGACAACUUAUCUUCGAGAUUCUAUAUAGAAAUUUCCAGAAACUCUCUUGAUGUGUUUGAGGGUAUUCCGUACGUCACAUGUCGUUGUGGUCAAAUAUUAUUUAUUACAAAAGAGGCCACUGCCCUAGGUAUUCAAACAUUCGACUGUGACGUCUGCUCUUGUUCAUACAACAUAGUAUAG